CCUGCUUCCUCCUCCCGAGAGUAGACGCUGUAGCCGAACACUUACAGCAAGUUCCUCCUGCUUUCUUACCUUGAUGAUGGCUAGGCGGCCAAGGCAUAGUGUUUACAGUAGUGAGGAAGAUGACGAUGAGAUUGAAAUGUAUGACCACGACUAUGAUGGAUCAUUGCCAAAGUCAGGGAAACGUCACCUGGGCAAAACAAGAUGGACACGGGAAGAAGAUGAAAAAUUGAAGAAGCUGGUUGAACACCAUGGGUCUGAAGACUGGAAAGUUAUUGCCAGCUUCCUUCCUAACCGUACAGAUGUGCAGUGCCAGCACCGGUGGCAGAAGGUGUUGAACCCAGAGCUCAUCAAGGGCCCCUGGACUAAAGAGGAAGACCAGCGGGUGAUCGAGCUCGUGCAGAAGUAUGGGCCCAAGCGCUGGUCUGUCAUCGCCAAGCACUUAAAAGGCAGGAUUGGGAAACAGUGCCGCGAACGCUGGCACAACCACUUGAACCCAGAGGUGAAGAAGACGUCCUGGACCGAGGAAGAGGACAGAAUCAUCUAUCAAGCUCAUGAGAAGCUUGGGAACAGAUGGGCAGAGAUCGCCAAACUGCUACCGGGAAGGACUGAUAAUGCUAUCAAGAACCACUGGAAUUCCACAAUGCGGCGAAAGGUGGAGCAGGAAGGUUAUCUGCAGCACUCUGCUAAAGCUGGCCCACCAACGCUGGCCUCAAACUACACCAAGACCAACCACAUCAUGGCCUUCACCCACUCCUCCCCUCCCUCGCAGUUACCCGCCCAGUCCCCCAUCGGCACGGACUAUCAAUACUACCAUGUCACAGAGAGUCAACGGGUACCAUUCCCAGUGUCCCUGCAUGUCAACAUAUUAAACAUCCCACAGCAUGGAACUGCUGCUAUACAAAGACACUAUAACGACGAAGACCCAGAGAAAGAGAAAAGAGUCAAGGAGAUCGAGUUGCUACUGAUGUCAACUGAAAAUGAACUAAGAGGCCAGCAAGCUUUACCAAGCCAGAUGCCAAACUAUGCGGCCUGGACCCGGGCCGCCAUGACUGACAGUGCAGGAACUCUCGGGGAAGGUGUUGCCAUUUCCUGCCUGGGGGAGCAGCACCAGCAGGCAGCGCCCCCUCCGCCACUUGACCAUGGCUGCCUCCCUGAGGAGAGCGCCUCCUCGGCCCGCAGCAUGGUCCCCACCCACAACGGCAGCCUGUCAGCCCUGCCCGAGUACAUCGACUCCGUCAUCGACUCGGACCCUUCCACUUGGGUUGAUCUCAGCAGUGUCGAGCUCCCCGAGGCCGCCGACGCUCCGACUCCCAAAACCCCGCCCAGCAAACGCACAGAGCUCGAGCCCCGAGACAGCGGCACAUGCAGGGGCGGCAAGCUUGCAAAUAGGAGCUUAAGCAAACACGUGCUCAGUCAGGGCUCAAAGUGCUGUGCCUCACCCUUUGGGACAGGGAACAGCUGCCACUUACCGAGUGCUGACAAUAGCUUCUUCUCACUGGCUGGCUUCGUCUGCUCUACCCCCAAGGGUUCCCCUGUCAAAAACCUGCCCUUCUCACCCUCACAGUUUUUCAAUACGCCAGGGAAUCAAGACAAUUCAGACAUUGAUAGUCUCCCACUAUCCUCCACUGCUUGCUCCCAGAAAUCCUUGAUGUCAACUCCCUUGCACCGGGACCAUACCCUCAAAACUCAAAAAGAAAAUGAUAUUUUCAGAACUCCCAACAUCCGCAGAUCCAUCAUGGAGACGUCCCCUCGGACUCCAACCCCGUUCAGAAAUGCGGUGGCACAUCAGGAAAUCCAUUACGGCUCUCUGAAAAUGAUGGUGAGAGGACCACAGCCUUCAAGUCCCCUUCUCGAGCAGGAUCUGGCCAUCAAACAGGAGCCCCUGGAGUCCGAAAUCUCAGCUGGGAUUCAGCAGGAUGACCAGCCAGCCCUGAAGAAAAUCAAACAGGAGGUGGACUCACCCUGCGAGAGGAGGCCUUGCCUUCAGUGGGAGGAAGGGGACCUCCAGGCUCAGCUCUUCCCACCCUCUGGCUCUGUGGAGGACAUCCCGGAUCUUCUCACAAGCUCAGGGUUAAUGAUGGCAGGAUCUGAGAAGAGCGAAGACAAUCAUGUCAAAGCAUAUCACAUCCCACGAAAACCCCUGGGAAGCCCAUUACAGCAGCUCAGCACAUGGGAAGCAGUGGCUUGUGGGAAGACUGACGAUCAGAUGCUGGCCACGGAACAGGCCCACAAAUACAUUAACACUUUCUCUGCCAGGACGCUAGUCAUGUAAAGGACUCAAGUGAAACCUUACGCAAACCUAAAGCAAUCAUGGAAAUUAAACAUAAAACACUUCAUGUUGAUUAUGAAACAUCAACCUUCCCUCUGCUUGAAUCCUCUGAAGAUGCAGCAGGGAAUCUAUUUGUUGUGGUACAACAGUUGGGAGCGGCACAUUACAAUUUUUCUGUGCGUACACUCGUUGGAUUUCAACCAACCAAAGAUGUUUGUAUUUUGUUUGUUUGUUUCUUUAUUUUAAAUGGAGAGCAUACCUAAAGUCCCUAGGUAAACUUUUUUUUUUUUAAUAACUGUUAAAUGUAUUUUUAUGGAUAUUAAUAUAAAGAACAACCUGAGUAAUUUAUUAUUUUCCAUAAGACUGUUUUUAUCUGGCAAAAGAAGCAGUGUUUCACAUCAGUAUUCGUUCUUUUUGUCUGUCAUGCACUAACAUUGGCAGAAAAGAUGCGCCAUGUGACAGUAUGUUAACGCUGUGAGAGUAUUUUCCCCAAGCAUUAUUACAGACCAAAUCAACCAAUGGGAUUUUUUUUUAAAUAUAUGUAUAAUCUCUGCGUUGUAUUUUAAAUACCUGGUUUUAAACCAUAAUAGUGUGUGUCUAUACUUUUGUCCUUUGUUUUCUUUUUUGCCAGC